GGGAGAUCUGCCCAGUCGCGUUUCGCUGCUCAGCCAUUUUUGGCCCGACGCUAAACCAGCUGCAGCGGUUCUCCGUAUCCUCUUCCUUCCAGGUAACUCCAUUUAGUCGGCAUCAGUUGCUUCGUUCACGCUUCUUUGAACGAUUACUUGUCAUCUCGAACCGACUUUGCCUUGCUUGCUCAGUGCUCUGCCUGAACCCCUUUAUACUCACCGCUUUUAUUCCCCCCUGAGAAAAAUCCAAGGAAAGCAAGGAAAGAGGAGGAAGAAAAACAAUCAAUGCCUCCGGGCCACACCAGCCCUUGCGACUCAAAAGCUGUAAGGGUGUCCGCCCGCUCCAGGUACCAUGGCCAGCGGUAGGCCUCCCGGGAGUCUUCCAGCCGGUGCUCGCGAUGGAGACUUGCUACAGCUGGAGGACUCGAACCCGACGUACAGUACCGGACAACGACCACCAGUGGACGAUGACCACCUGUUGCGACAGUACGACAUUGACGAUUCUGAACAACCGCGACCCUCCGUUUCCUACGAUGACUUUGUCGGAGGUAGACCGCCGCAAGGUGCCGGUGUCUACGCGGCGCCGGCGCACCCCCCUCCUGCCCAACCUGGCCUACACGUCUCUGGUCCCUAUUCUGGGGAACCAGCCAGUCGAACCUACUCGCAAACGUCCGAUCUAGACAAUUACUCGCGCUAUUCGCUAGACGACUACGAUGAUGAGCGGGAUUUAUUCAACGAGGAGAGGGCAGGUGCGCAACCUGUUCGAAUGACAAAGGAAAGAAGCAGUCUUCUUGGUCUGGGAGGGAGAGUCAAGAGCAUGUUUGGCAUGAACAACCAUGAUUACUCUGAGAUGGAUCUCCCGUUAACGGAAGCGGGAGCAAGGAAUGCAAGGAUCGAUAGUGCGGUCUCAGAAGAAACACCCUCGGCGCCAAGGAAGAGGUUCAGUGCUGGAGACUUCAAAUUUGGUUUUGGACGAAGGAAGGCAGAUCCGUCAACACUGGGACCGCGUCUGAUCGCGCUCAACAAUCCACCAGCCAAUGCUGUCCACAGGUUCAUCGACAACCAUGUAUCAACGGCCAAAUACAAUGCUGUCACGUUUCUGCCGAAGUUUUUGUAUGAACAGUUCUCGAAAUACGCCAAUCUGUUUUUCUUGUUCACCGCCAUUCUCCAGCAAAUUCCUAGCGUCUCCCCUACAAACCGAUAUACCACGAUUGUUCCCUUGGGCGUUGUACUACUGGUUUCGGCGAUUAAAGAGUCGGCGGAGGAUUACAAACGGAGAGCUUCGGACAAGUCUUUGAACCAUUCCAAGGCUCAGGUCCUGAAAGGAUCUGCUUUUCAUGAGGCAAAAUGGAUUGAUGUGAAGGUUGGGGAUAUCGUCCGGGUGGAGUCUGAGCAACCGUUCCCGGCCGAUUUAGUCCUACUUGCAAGUUCGGAACCGGAAGGUCUAUGCUAUAUUGAAACUGCAAAUCUAGACGGGGAAACAAAUCUCAAGAUCAAACAGGCAAUCCCAGAAACGGCACACCUCGUCAACCCGAGUGACUUGGGCCGUUUAAGUGGACAGAUCCGAUCAGAGCAGCCAAACAGCAGCCUUUAUACAUAUGAGGCGACAUUGACGAUGCAGACGGGCGGUGGGGAGAAGGAACUUCCCUUAGCCCCUGACCAGCUGUUGCUUCGUGGGGCUACUCUUCGAAAUACCCCUUGGGUCCAUGGGAUUGUUGUCUUCACGGGUCAUGAAACGAAGCUCAUGAGGAACGCGACUGCUACUCCGAUCAAGCGAACUGCAGUUGAACGCAUGGUCAAUGUGCAGAUUCUGAUGCUUGUUGGUAUCCUCGUGGCACUGAGCGUCAUCAGCUCUGUCGGGGACUUGAUUGUUCGACAAACAGACUCCGACCAUCUAAGCUACCUUGACUACGGCUCUACUAAUCCUGUGAAGCAGUUUGUCCUUGAUAUAUUUACGUAUUGGGUCCUAUAUUCCAAUCUUGUCCCCAUAUCGCUCUUCGUUACCAUUGAAAUUGUCAAGUACUUCCAAGCCUUUCUCAUCAACUCCGAUCUUGAUAUCUACUACGAUAAGACCGACACCCCCGCUACCUGCAGGACCUCAUCUCUAGUUGAAGAACUUGGUCAGAUAGAAUAUAUAUUUUCUGACAAAACUGGGACCUUGACUUGCAAUGUUAUGGAGUUUAAACAGUGCUCUAUUGCGGGCAUCCAAUACGGUGACGAUGUUCCUGAAGACCGACGGGCGGCGAUGGACGGUAGUAUGGAAUUCGGGGUUUAUGAUUUCAAAACUCUUCAUCGAAACCUCCAGUCACAUUCUUCCAAGAACGCAAUCCAUCAUUUUCUCGUCCUCCUUGCCACCUGUCACACUGUUAUUCCGGAAAGGUCGGAUGGCAAGCCUGGACAAAUCAAGUACCAGGCAGCAUCUCCCGAUGAAGGCGCCUUGGUUGAAGGUGCCGCCAAUCUGGGAUACCGUUUUACAAAUCGAAAACCUAGGGCUGUGCUUUUCACGGUUGGCACAGAGGAGUUUGAAUAUGAGCUGCUGGCGGUGUGCGAGUUCAAUUCUACCAGGAAGCGAAUGUCAACAAUCUUCAGGUGCCCGGAUGGAAAAAUUCGAAUAUAUUGCAAGGGUGCGGACACGGUAAUACUCGAACGGUUGCAUCCUGAUAACCCGACCGUCGAAGUUACAUUGCAGCAUCUGGAAGACUAUGCUUCGGAAGGUCUUCGAACUCUUUGCUUGGCAAUGCGAGAAAUCCCAGAACCGGAGUUCCAGCAAUGGUAUCAUAUUUAUGAUAAAGCUGCUACGACUGUCAGCGGAAAUCGUGCCGAGGAACUUGAUAAGGCAGCGGAGCUCAUCGAGAAGGACUUCUUUCUGCUAGGUGCGACGGCCAUUGAGGAUAGAUUACAGGACGGGGUCCCGGACACCAUUCACACUCUUCAGACGGCUGGAAUUAAGAUCUGGGUUUUGACGGGUGACAGACAAGAAACUGCUAUUAACAUAGGAAUGUCCUGCAAGCUCAUCUCGGAGGACAUGACUCUAUUAAUUGUCAAUGAGGAAAACGCUCUAGCAACGAGAGACAACUUGGCAAAGAAGCUUCAAGCCGUUCAAAGUCAAUCUGCUUCUGGUGAAAUUGAAGCCCUUGCUCUUAUUAUCGAUGGUAAAUCUUUGACAUAUGCUCUCGAGAAGGAUAUGGAAAAGCUGUUUUUGGACCUCGCUGUUAUGUGUAAAGCUGUGGUCUGCUGUCGUGUUUCCCCUCUUCAAAAAGCCCUUGUCGUCAAGCUGGUGAAACGACACCUGAAGUCCAUACUGCUGGCCAUUGGUGACGGUGCGAACGAUGUAUCCAUGAUCCAGGCAGCGCAUGUGGGCGUCGGUAUCAGCGGUGUUGAAGGUCUUCAAGCAGCGCGGGCCGCCGACGUGGCGAUUGGACAAUUUCGCUAUUUGCGUAAAGUGUUGCUUGUCCAUGGAUCGUGGAACUAUCAUCGGAUCAGUCGAGUCAUCCUGUAUUCGUUCUAUAAGAACAUUGCGCUCUAUAUGACACAAUUUUGGUACUCUUUCCAAAACGCUUUCUCUGGUCAAGUUAUCUACGAGUCCUGGACACUGUCGUUCUACAACGUCAUUUUCACCGUACUUCCUCCUUUCGCCAUGGGGAUUUGCGACCAGUUCAUUUCGGCUCGAUUGCUGGACCGGUACCCUCAGCUUUAUCAGCUAGGGCAGAAAGGGUUGUUUUUCAAGAAGCACAGCUUCUGGUCCUGGGUCGCCAACGGGUUCUACCAUUCUCUAAUCUUAUACAUAGUCUCGGAGCUCAUCUUUUUCUGGGACUUACCCAUGACGGAUGGCAAGACAGCUGGCCACUGGGUCUGGGCUGAAAUACUUUACACAGCAGCGUUGGGCACCGUUUUGGGUAAAGCGGCUUUGAUCACUAAUAUCUGGACUAAGUACACAGUUAUUGCCAUCCCAGGAUCUAUGGUCCUCUGGCUCAUAUUUCUACCUGCCUAUGGAUUUGCGGCGCCGGCCAUCGGGUUUUCCAAUGAAUACUAUGGCACGAUCCCACGUGUUUUCUCGUCUCCGAUCUUCUAUCUGAUGGCCAUCGUUCUCCCAUGUCUCUGCCUUCUCCGCGACUUUACCUGGAAAUACGCCAAGCGCAUGUACUACCCCCAGGCUUACCACCAUGUCCAGGAGAUCCAGAAGUACAAUGUGCAGGAUUAUCGUCCGCGCAUGGAACAGUUCCAGAAGGCUAUUAGGAAGGUCCGUCAGGUGCAGCGUAUGCGCAAACAGCGCGGAUACGCUUUCAGUCAGGCCGAUGAAGGUGGACAGAUGAGGGUUGUCGGUGCUUACGAUACCACAAGAGGCAGGGGGCGCUACGGCGAGAUGUCUAGUUCUAGAGGUUUGAUUUGAUCUGUGUUGGGUGAGGUGUCAUACAACUUUGUUUUGGUUUAAGCGUCCUGUUUCUUUUUUGCUUUAAUGUGAGUAAUGCCGUGUCUGUUUCUUGUCAUGAUGACCUGCUCUUCAUGUCUUUUUGUAGCAUAUUGCACUGUACGUAGAAGCUCAAGCAACACCUAAAGGCCAUAAUACUCAUCGCCUUUAGUAAUUUUAUACCACGAUUUCCGGGAUUCGCUCAAUGUCUCUUGUCACUUUGGUAUGGUGUUCUGCUCGCUUAUAUUUUGCAUUUUUCAGUAUGUCUCGACCGAGCUAGGAGACUGGUUUUUGUUUUCAUUUUCAUUUUUAUUUAUUUUGUUUGCUCAUUUCCAAAAGGAGAAGAGAAGAAACCAAAUUUUCAUUACACUGUAAAAAAGAAAAACC